GUUAAAUAUUUAAAAAGGAUAUCCUACUUGUUUAUUGGACUCAUUAUUGUACACUGAAACUGUAGGCCUAUCUAAUUAUGAUUUGCAAGGCAAAUGGACGUUCAGCUGAACUUGGUGUGCAUCCUGAAUUCUGACAGUAACUCCGUAUAAAGUCUAGUUAGCUAGGGAAACUAUAUAAGUCUCAAUAUUCAAAUUACUGUACAAACAUACGCAGGUAAUGGUGCGAGUAAGUUAAUUCUGGGUGCUUUUGGUUUUUAGUAGUAUGACUAGUAACAGCAAUUGUCAAUAGUGUUACCAACAAGUCAUGUUGCUUUUAAUAUUCGGUCCUCCCUUUGUUUCUUUUGCUGGAGUGAACACUGCAACUACAUUCUUGGUUAAGGCAAAAGUAGAUGAAAUCAGUAAGGUUGUAAUUUUUUCGUCAAUUAGCACCCUUUUUACAAUAAUCACUCUACAUACACCAUACGAAGAGCUUCAAUAGUCAACAACAAAUUCAAAAUGCC